AUGUCAAGUUCAGUUGAACAAAAUGAAACUACAAUAUUUGUAGAACCAGUUAAAGUUCAUAGCUCAAAAGUUGUGACCAAUGAUAAAGAAGCAAAUCAUUUAUUAAGAGAAGCUCAAGCAAAUUUAGAAUUUUCUGCAGAUACUGGAUAUGCACCAGAAUUGAAAAGAAACUUUAGUUUGAUAUCAAUUAUGGGUCUUGGUAUGACCAUUUCAAACGCGUGGUUGGCAGUGAGUGCUUCGUUAAUUGCAACAAUUGUCGCAGGUGGUCCAAUGAUGAUCAUAUAUGGUACAAUAAUUAUGUUUGCAUUUGCAAUCUGUAUAGCUAUUACAUUAGGUGAACUUUCAAGUGCUUAUCCAAAUGCUAGUGGACAAAUUUACUGGACUAUGAAAUUGACACCUGCAAAAUACAAUAAGUUUUUGAGUUAUGCUACUGGAUGGUUAGCUUGGAGUGGUUCUUUGUUUACAUCUGCAUCAGUUACAGUUGGUGCUUCUUCAGCAGUAGUAGGAAUGUAUAUGUUAUAUCAUCCAGAUAAAUCGGUUCAAACUUGGCAUGUAUUUUUAACUUAUGAAUUAUUGAAUAUUGCAAUUAUGAUUUUCAAUGUUUACGAAAAACCAUUACCAUAUUUAUCUAAAGCCACUUUAGUAUGUUCAAUUUCAUCAUUCAUUAUUAUCAUAAUUGUUGUGUUGGCUAUGCAUCGUGGAGAAUUUGAAACUGCUAAAUUUGUAUUUGUUGAAUUUAAUAAUCAAACUGGUUGGUCAAGUGAUGCAAUAGCUUUCUUAACUGCUAUGAUGAAUGUUAAUUGGGGUUUUUCAUGUUUAGAUAGUGCUACUCAUCUUGCCGAAGAAUCACUUAAUCCAGCUGUUCAAAUUCCACAAGCUAUUGUUGCCACCGUUGUUGUUGGUUUUCUUACUUCCAUGCCAUUUGCUAUUGCUGUAUUUUAUUGUAUCAGAAAUUUAGAUGCUAUUUACAGUUCAACUACUGGAGCACCUAUAAUGGAUAUCUUUUAUCAAGCUACAGAAUCAAAGGCAGCUGCUGUCGGAUUAGAAUUUUUAAUAUUUAUAACUUUAGUUGGUUGUAAUAUUGGUUGUCAUACUUGGUCAGCACGUCUUGCUUGGUCUUUUAGUCGUGAUAAAGGUUUACCUUGGUCUCAAUUUUGGUCAGUUGUUCAUCCAAAAACUAAAACACCUGUAAAUGCUCACAUUAUGAAUUGUUUCUGGGUUGGUGUUAUUGGUUGUUUAUACAUGGCAUCAACUACUGCUUAUACUGCACUUAUUGUUUCAUGUAUUACUUUUGUUUACAUUUCUUAUUUACCAUCAGUUAUAAUGUUUAUUAUCAAAAGAAAUCAAAUAAAACCUGGACCAUUCUUUUUGGGAAAAAUUGGUUUAGUAUGUAAUUUAGUGUUAGUAUUUUGGGUUCUUUAUUCAGUUAUAUUUUAUAGUUUCCCAUUUGGUAUGCCAGUUUUAGCAGGAAAUAUGAAUUAUUCAUCAGCUGUAUUAGGUAUUGCAAUUGUAUUAUUAAUUUUAGAUUGGAAUUUUAGAGCUAAAAAGAAUUAUAUUGGUUUCCUUGAAAGAGAACAGAUGAAAGAGCUAUAUACAGAAUAUUAA